AAUAAGUUAAAAUUUGAAUGUAUCUUACAUUAACAAAGUAAUAUGCUUAAUCAGUUAAUCUUAUAUUCGUAACUAAAUGGGAAAAUUAUUGAUAAGUGAAGAAUAAUAUCCUUCAAGCAUUUUAAUUCUUUUGUGCCCCACCGAUUAAUGACUGCAAAAGGACGGUGACAAAUGUGAAAAUGGUUGACUUAAAAGUUUUAAAACAAUCUACGAUUGUUCAUUUGUGUUUCGCGAUAUCAUACUUCACGUCUGGUUUGAUACUAAAUGUUGUGCAGGCAGUUUUGUACUUUGGUCUUAGGCCUUUCAACAAGUCUUUGUACAGGAAAAUUAAUUACUAUCUUUCAUACUCAUUUUAUAGUCAAUUAGUGUUUAUGUCAGAAUGGUGGUCAGGAACAACAAUGUCCAUUUACAUAAAGAAAGAUGAAUAUGAAAAAUUCUAUGGCAAAGAACAUGGCUAUCUUAUCAUGAAUCACAGCUACGAAAUAGACUGGCUUAUGGGAUGGCAGUUUUGUGAUGGCAUUGGAGUUUUAGGUAACUGCAAGGCAUAUGCGAAAAAAUCUAUACAGUACCUCCCACCCAUUGGAUGGAUGUGGAAGUUUUCAGAGUUUGUGUUCCUUGAAAGGUCAUUUGAGAAAGAUAAGGAAAUCAUAAAGUCACAGAUAUCAGAACUAUGUGAUUAUCCCGAUCCGGUUUGGUUACUGCUGACUCCAGAAGGAACACGGUACACGAAAAAGAAGCAUGAGGCGUCAUUGAACUUCGCGAGGGAAAAAAAUCUGCCUCUUCUAAAGCAUCACUUGACACCUCGAACCAGAGGUUUCACUACUAGUCUCCAGUUCUUCAGAGGCAAAAUACCGGCUAUUUAUAAUAUCCAGCUGGCAUUUGGUGAAAGCAAGACUCCACCCACCCUGACGAGUUUAUUAUUCGGCAAGCCGGUGCACGCGCAUUUGUACAUUCAGCGGAUACCGGUCGAGAGCAUACCGGAAGACGAGAACGAGGCUACCAAAUGGAUGCACGACCUCUUUGUUACAAAGGAUAAAAUGCAAGAUUCCUUCAUAAACACCGGCGACUUUUUCUUGCAAUCCGGCGUAGAGAGGGUCGAGCCAUUCAGCGUAGGCCCUCGUAUUUAUUCGCUUAUCAAUACUCUGGGCUGGGCUGUGGUCACACUAACUCCUAUGUUGUACUACCUUCUGGGGCUUUUGUUCAGCGGAAAAUUGAUAUACUUCUCAAUCGCCGCCGCCGUUUUUGCAGCCUUCUUCAUUCUACUUCAGAAAUCAAUUGGAAUGUCUAAAAUCAGCCAAGGUUCUUCAUAUGGAGCGGAAAAGAAGUAACAAACAUUCUGUGUAUAUUAUGCAUGUAUACUAGUGUCUGUAUACACAUUCUCUUUUUAAUAAUUAUUGUUUAUAUCUUCUAACAAAGAUCAUGUUUUGUAGUGUUCAGUCAAACGCGUAGAAUCAUAAAUAAAAAAAAUAGGAGUGGGAUUUGAUAAAAGUCGCAAUAAAUUGUAUUUAAUUAAGACUUCUUGUUGGCGGCAGUUGUUUUAAAAAAUAUUUUUAUAAGAAAUCUAUGAAAAAUAUUCGAAUAUACAUACCUACACUGUAAUACAACAAAGUUUACUUAUAAGUAUACUGAAUGUAUAUUUUGACGUUUUUGUCUUAAUAUUUUGUACAAAAUUACAACUACACCUACAUACAGGCAUUUAUUUUCUAUGACGUUGAGAAUAAUAAUAUUUUCUUACAUUUAUUGCUGUAAAGUUAUUAUGUUUUGUAAAUAAAAAAAAAGCGAAACAUGGCUCUUUUAAUGCUGUAUAAUGCACAAAGAGAAAAUAUGAGUAAAAUUUUAUUUUAAUAGUUUUUGUUGUAACUGAUGUCAAAAUAUUAAUUUUAAUAAACAGGUUUUUAUUUAAUGACUGAAGCUGCACAAGUUGUAAAAAUAGCGCAAAUAUGUAAGUAUAAAUAAGAAUUGUGUUUGUUAAUUUGGAAAUAAUCAUUAUAAAUAUUGUCUUUGGGCAGUUCUGUGUAAAAGUAUUUCAUGUGGUGAUUUUUUAUAAAAGAAAUAACGUAUUUUAUUUUUAUGAAAAGACUACAUUUUAAACAUUUUGAAUUUAGUUGUUUAAUACGUAUUAACAAUGUGUAUCUAUGUAAAGCAUGAAUGUGGAAGAAGUUUAUUAAUUUGGAAUAACUUAAAUUGAGAAAGUAUUACCAUUAUGAGAUACUUUGUUUGUAAAAUGUACAGAUUCUGUCUACUUUUCAUGGAUAACAGUGGUCAUAACACCAGAAAAAGUUAAAUUUUAGUGUUUGUUCAUUUGGAAAUUAUCAAAAGUGUUUGUCGUCUGACAACGUAAUAUAUUGAAUGGACACUAUGUAGAUAGGACUAGUAGGACUAGUAGGACUCUAAAAAUGGACAGACUACACAACAUUUGACUGUAACUAUAUUGCUCUUCCAUCCAUUCACAUUUUACAAAGUAUAUUUGUAUUAAUAUAAUUUUAGAAACUUGGGUAUAAAAUGGUAGAGGCUUUAGAAAUUCAAGUGUUGUCAAUAUCUAGAAAUUUAAUUAGACCCGUUUAUAUUGUUUAAUAUUUUUGUUAUUAUUGUAUAACUAUAUUUUAAUUUAAUUACCUUGAUUGAGAAUAUAGUUUUAUAUUUCAUUAUUACAAGAGCAUAAACAAAUACAGAUAUUAUAAAUGCGUUGUGCCAAAUAUUUCACGAAAACGCACCUAUCGUAAUUUUGAUAAUCAUUUCAUUACUUUAUAUACAAAAUUUAACGUUUUAUUGUUAAGCUAUCAUUUGUACUCAUAGAUUUUAAAUAACGACUCGAUUAAUAAACCAAGAUUGUUUUCAAGGUAAACACUUGCAUUAGACAGACUUUUUACGUAGGGAUCAUAUAGGUACGCAAUAAACUUAGGCAGACCAAACAUUACAUGUGUGUGAAUAGAAACAAUGGCUAUAUAUAAUAUUUCAACAGUUGCAGAACAAUUUUUUGUGUUCUGUAUAAUAGGUUCAAUAUCCGGCAUAUAAAUUGUGCAAAUGUCAACGUAUCUAUCAAUAAAACGUAGAUAUCAACUAAAAACAGAAAAGACUGUUUAAACCUACAACUAGAGACAGAAUGGUUUAUAAAGUAUCCAUUAUUCGAAAUUUUCCUAUAUUGAUCGCGGGUUUGAUAGCUUCACCAUCUUUCAAUCUGAAUUAAUAGUGACGCUGGCCGUAGAACAAUUAACAGGGCGUGCUAGACGCUGUGAAAGGAGUUUUAUUAGGUAUCUGGUUUUUCGUUGCAAAUAAACCUCACACCGCACCUCGAUUUACAUUUAUAAACGCUAACAGGCCCCAAAUUCUAUAAACUGUGAACUUCUGAAUCCGGAUUUUAACCUAUUCUAUGCUAUAUUUUGACCUAUUCUAUGUAUAUCAACUACAUACUUUAUUGGUAGUAGUGUCGACUUUGGGUUUGGUACUGGAGUUCAAAAUCUCCUUCCUCUAUAUUCACCUGAAACUGUAAUUAUUUGUGUCAGGCUUAAAUAUAAGGUGAAAAUAGCUAUAGAGAGAUGUUGUAGCAACAAUUGUUAUUCAGCAUUUUAUAUGUUAGUAACUUGGGUACUCAGGUGGUGAUCCUUUGUAACGUUCUGAAUACUUUAAUGAUGUACAAAAUGAGAAAUUAAAUUCAAAACAACA